AUGGACCCAUCACGGACGACGUUAGAAGAUUGGCUGGACGAGCUUUGCGCUCGUUUUCUCAAUAAUGUUCCUAAGGAGGAACACCAGGACUUCAGCAGAAUCGGCAUGCACCUCGAAGAAGCACAUUGGUUCUACGAAGACUUCAUCCGCCCGCAGAACCCCACCACGCUGCCCAACCUCAGAAUACGCGACUUCAGCCUUCGUGUCCUCCAGUAUUGGCCUGUGACCUCUACCGUAACCCUUGACAUUCUUGAAAAAGCAUACGAUAAUUGGGUAGCCUACAAGAAACGCAUACCAGUCCGAGGUCUGAUCAUGCUCAACGAAGCCAUGGACUCGGCUGUGCUUGUCAAGGGUUGGAAAUCGAGUGCCAACUGGAGUUUUCCUCGGGGCAAGAUCAAUCAGGAGGAAGACGACCUCAAUUGCGCUAUACGUGAAGUCUAUGAGGAGACAGGUUUCAACGUGGAGCAGGCGGGCUUGAUACCGGGCAACCGCAAAGUCAAAUACUUCGAACAGACGAUUAGGGAUCAGCACUUGCGUCUCUACGUGGUCCCGAACGUUCCCAUGGAUACCUAUUUUGAACCCAGGACAAGGAAGGAGAUCUCAAAGAUCCAAUGGUAUAAGUUGGUCGAUCUCCCCGGACGUGUUAAGAAGAAACAAGGACAAGACAACGCCACAGGCCCAAAUGCCUCUAAAUUCUACAUGGUAGCGCCUUUCAUGGAGCCCUUGAACAGAUGGAUAAGACAGGAACUUAAGAAGAAGGAUAGGGCAAGAAACAGCCGCCGGACUGGCCCGGCUCUGCAAGCCGAGAUCGAUGAAAUUAUGACCGAGGAGGAGGGGAUGGCCACAGAAACCAAAGUCGACUUACCUUCGCCAUCUGAUGCCAAAGACCAUGCCCACGAAGCUGCUACUCGAGAGCUUCAAAGACUUCUCAAGAUACAGCCACCAACUCAGGUUUCCCAGCCGGGCGUCCAGCCGGGCCCUUCAGCUCAAACCCAGGAUCGGGGUCAAGCUCUUCUGGCAAUGCUGCAACAGCAGAGGGACGCGCCGGCCCACAAUCAGGCGGCCAGCGCUCAGACUGGUGUCCAUGUCCCUCACACACCCAUGGAUCAUGUAUACAAUGUUGCUCCGAUUCCUCACAACCCCCACCACAACCACACUGCGCAACGGCUUCCUCCGAACCAACCAGCGCCUCCUCCCUUCCCGUCUCAGCCAGACAUGAACAGUGCGCUUCUUUCUGUCCUCGGAGCGGCGGGCGGUCCUGCUAGGGCAGGGCCGCAGCAAGGGCAGGCGGCAUAUCAACAACUGCAGAUGCAACCGAACAGCGUUAAUCAGCCAGGCUUGGUACACCCUCAGCCUCUACCUCGUCAAGCAAAUCACCUUUUAGCGAAUACUCUGUUGCCGAGUUCUGUUCAUGACAACAGAACGGGUCAGAUGUAUCAGCAGGCAAACGUGUGGCCACAGUUCGCUGCAAGCAUGGCUGCGCCGCAACAAAAUGUUGCCAACACUCGCCAGCUGCCAGCUACUCUGGACAAUACCCGUCAAGCUCUACUCGAUGCCUUCAAGAAGGACACUACUCCGGCACAGCCGCCCGUACAGCAGAGUCCGUCUUCGCAACAACGUGCGGCUGGACUUCAAAGGCCAACCCAGCAGUUGACAGCACAGAAUUUGGCUUCCUUGGCUUCGACCUAUCCUCCCGCGCAACAGUCCGUGCCGAUGCCAUCAAAUGGAAGCCCUCAAAUCACCGCCGCACAAGCAGCUCUCAGACCGUCGAACGUGCCAGAAAGCCAGAGAAACGCUUUGCUGGGCAUAUUCAAGCAAAGCGCGACUUCGCCUCUCACACGCCAAGAUGCUCAACCGAAUCUGAAGGAGAACAGGUCUCCGAAAUCUCAGCAACAGUAUUCCGCCUUGUUUGGGGCGGGCUCAACAGCCGCGCAAACGAGCAAUGGGCCGACUCAGGCCACCCUAGGGCUCCCUUACGGUGCGUCUUACGGGACUCAGUAUGUUGCGGGCCGUCCUAGAGAGGGGGAUCAGAGGAGCCCACAACCACAACCACAACCACAGCCGGCCCAUGCAAGCCAAGCCUUGGAGAAUAUCGGCCGUGUCCCGCAAACCCACUCCAUGACCACCAGCUUGCCUUAUAGUGGCACCUUUCAACUCGGGCAGCCCACAACUCAAGGCGGCAUACCCUCGAUCCCGAAUAUCACUCAGCAGCAGCAGGCGGCGGAUCCUCAACAGGUGCAGAAACUCAUGUCAUUGUUCAGCAAGCCAUCAGCACUACCCACAGGCACACAUGCACCUUCAUUGAGUGCCUACCCUCCUGUCCAAGCGAAUACUGGCAAAGAGCCGACCCUUUUCAACAUGGGAAAGCUCGCGGCUCAGCUACCCAAUACAAACUCGAAUUUAACCUCACACGGGACUUCCCCGGGCAUGGAUGAGGCGAACGCAUCAAUGUCCCGUCGUGGCAGCCAGCAGACCCCGAUCUCGCCUGAGAAUGAAAAGUUUCUGCUUAAUUAUCUGAAGACUAUGGAGUUAGGUCUGAGUUUUGGCGAUCCUGUCAAGCUGGAGAGCGUGUUUCAAAGCGAAUUCUUCCUGACCAUCAUCUGCUUCGAUGGCAAAUCUGGGGCAUUGCAUUGCAUUGAUUACGACAAGACGAUGGGUGGAUUUGAGGCAUCACGGGCUGGAAGGCAUUUCAUAGCGUUGGAGUACGCAGUUUUGCAAGCUUGGCUCGAACUUGAGUACGAAUCAACAGCGGUCUGCUCAGUAGCUGCAAUAUCGCAGUACAUUUAA